AUGUCCUUUUUGGUCCAAGCUGUCGGCUAUUUCAACACCGACGCGAAAGCGCCCGAAAACGGUAAACACGACGAUUUCCACGAUGACGGUCCCCUUCCACCAAAACGAUCGAAAAAGGAGGAGCUCGUGAAAAGAAGUCAAUGCAUUGGAAGCAAAUGCCAAAUCUUCUACAAAGAUGAUCCAUUGAUGGUCUCGCGAGCCUCAAUGCAAUAUGUUUAUGACGAGUUCGGACAUCGAUACCUCGAUUGUAUCAGCAAUGUUCAACACGUUGGCCACUGUCAUCCAACGGUGGUUGAAUCAAUCUCGAAACAACUCGCCACCUCCACGUGCAACGUUCGCUUUGUGAGUUCUCAAUUGACCGAUUGUGCCGAACAAAUCUUGGCCACUUUACCCGGCUUGGACACCGUGCUUUUCUGCAACUCUGGCUCUGAAGCUAACGAUUUGGCACUUCGUCUUGCGCGAGAUUUCUCGAAACAUACGGAUGCUAUUGUUGUUGACCAUGCCUAUCACGGUCAUGUUACAACAACGAUGGAGAUGUCUCCAUACAAAUUUGAUCACGGAUCAUCAGUGAAACAACCGGAAUGGUGUCAUGUGACCCCUUGUCCUGAUGUUUAUCGUGGAAAGAUUCGUCUCUCCGAUGCCGAUUUGCACGAUAAAGAGAAAUUGAAAGAAGCUGGAGUGAAAUACGCUGAAUACGUGAAAGAGAUCAUUGAUGAGGCAGUGACCAAAAAGCGCUCAGUUGCCGCCUUCUUUUCUGAAGCUCUUCAAUCGUGUGGAGGACAAGUCAUUCCACCAGAAACCUAUUUCCCGACUGUUGCCAAGCACAUUCACGGUCAUGGUGGAGUGGUGGUGAUUGAUGAGGUUCAAACGGGUUUCGGCCGAGUCGGAAGCACUUUUUGGGCUCACCAAGUUAACGGAGAAGGCUUUGUUCCGGACAUUGUGACAAUGGGUAAACCAAUGGGUAACGGUUUCCCGGUGUCGGCCGUUGUGACGAGAAAAGAAAUCGCCGACACUUUGGGUGGAUCUGUUGGAUAUUUCAAUACAUACGGAGGUAAUCCAGUGGCUUGUGCGGCAGUGCUCGGAGUGCUCAAAGUGAUCAAAGAGGAGAAUCUAUUGCAGCAUAGCGAAGAUAUGGGCGCUGAAUUCAAAAAUGCUCUGACGGCGUUGAAGGAGAAACACGAGUGUAUCGGCGAUGUUAGAGGUUUGGGUCAAUUCUGGGGAGUUGACUUGGUGAAAUCGAGAGAAACCCGAGAACCGGACACCAAAUUGGCGUUGGCGUUGAUUUUGAAGUUGAGACAGGAAAGAGAUAUCCUUUUGAAUGCGGAUGGACCCCACGAGAAUAUUCUCAAAUUCAAGCCACCACUCUGCUUCAACAAAGAGAAUUUGCAUGAGGCAGUGUCAGCUCUGGAUGUGGCCCUCACUCAAAUGGGACAC